AUGUCACGCAUACCGACCUCUGUCUUAAGCAAGUACCUGCUGAAAGGGCAAAUAUCCCGGCAGGGCUGCAUUGGUGCGCGCCAUAUAUCAAGACGCCCUACGUUACCUUCAGCAGCCGCCUCUAUAGCCCAUACGACCAGGAUGUUGCACGUUUCGCCCGAAGCUGUCACACCACCUCCUCCACAGGCAGUACCGCUACGGAAGCAAUUGAAGGAAGAUGCGAAGAAAGCAAAGAAACUGGGCAAAAAGAAGUCAAAGGGUGACUCUCAAACUGUCGAUGGCUGGGAGUUGACAGUGGGUAUCGAAAUACACGCCCAGUUGAACACCGCCCAUAAGUUGUUCUCGCCAGCUGUCACGUCUUUCAACGAUGAGCCCAACAGUCAUGUUGCUCUUUUCGACCUUGCCAUGCCUGGCAGUCAGCCCUUGUUCCAAAAGGAAACUCUGAUUCCUGCUUUGCGUGCAGCGUUGGCCUUGAAUUGCGACGUUCAAGAGGUUAGCCGAUUUGAUCGAAAACACUAUUUCUGGUGGGAUCAACCGUCUGGGUAUCAGAUCACUCAAUAUUAUGAACCCUUUGCCAAGAAUGGACAUAUCACUCUCCUCGCUCGAGAUGGAAUCUCUCCUCAGGACGGUGAAAGUGUUACGAUAGGAAUCAAGCAGGUCCAGCUUGAGCAGGAUACGGCAAAGACGAUUGCUCAGACUAAUAAAGUUCAAUGGCUCGAUUUCAAUCGUGUGGGUGUCCCUCUAAUUGAGAUCAUCACCGAACCUGAGCUUCACCAUCCCCGCACUGCUGCCGUUCUUGUGCGAAAGAUCCAGCUACUCUUAAAUACUGUCGAUGCCUGCGUUUCUGGUAUGGAAACGGGAGGUCUGCGAGCAGACGUCAACGUUUCUGUUCGCAGGACUGACGGAUCCAACCCAUCCCUCGGAACGAGAACUGAGAUAAAGAAUCUAAGCACUAUUAAAGCCGUUGAAGACGCAAUCAUCGCGGAGCGCGACCGUCAGAUUCGUGAGCUUGAUGCUGGACGCGCCAUUCCUAGUGAGACUCGCGGCUGGGCCAUCGGAUCUACGGAAACACGGCGACUGCGUGGAAAGGAGGGCGAGGUGGAUUAUCGCUAUAUGCCCGACCCUGAUAUUGCGCCUCUUGUCAUCGGAAAUGAUCUUGUAGGCCACCUGCGGGAAUCACUGGCUGUCACUCCCGACUCGGAGCUGGAUACCCUCAUUGCUCGAUUUGGCCUUACGGCUAAGGAUGCAUUGUCUCUGAUCAACCUGGAGAAUGGUUCACGUGUUCAAUACUAUUACAAAGUUCUUCACUCUAUUCAGAGCACGCUCGCGGAAGAGCUCAGUGGAGCUGAGUUGCCCGAGUUUAAGAGCUAUUCUGCUGUGGUCGGCAACUGGAUUAUCCAUGAACUUGGCCGCCUGACUACCUACAAGGCAGGUCCACUUGCAGCCCGUGACCUGACAUUCACACCAGAAGGCGAUUGCGAGCAGGUCCCUGACUCAGACCUAUCACAGCUUCUUUACCACCUGAUUCGGAAGCAGAUCACAGGCAAGGUAGCCAAAGAGCUACUUUUCGCUAUCUAUUUGAAGGAAAUUGAGGGUGGAGUCACCCAGGCCAUCGAGGAGAAUGAUUUGUGGUUCAAGGAGAUUGCAGAGGAAGAGUAUGAACAACUAGCAGACGAGGCUAUGGAGGGCGAAAAUAAGAUCCUGCAGGAGUUUGUCGACUCUGAGAAGUUCCCUCAGGGCAAACUCAUGUUCCUUGUAGGCAAGAUGAUGCGUCUUGGGCCUACUGAACGCAUUGUCCCUGCAAGUGCUGAGCGAGUCAUGAGGGCAAAGGUUGAGACUCUGCGAAAGUCGUGA